AGUCGAGAGUAGUUGAACGAUAUUUGUUUACAUGGGAUUGAAGCUGAUAUUUAUAUUUGUUUUAUAUUUGGUGGGAGCAAUAACAGACAUUAGAUGAUUCUCAUUUUGUCAGAAAUCGCCUAAAAAUGAAGUCCCAUCCAUGCAAAUGAUCGGCAGAUUGUACAAUGCACAUACUCUCGAAUAUAUGAGCAAGUGAAAUGAUCCACUUUGAUUGUUUUUCAUCUCUUCACAAGUACAAACUGAUAGCAAAACCAGCCCUGCGAUAGUGGUCAGCUAACGGCACUGUAUAGACAUUCCCUCCCUAUCAACAGCGAUAAGCGAUGACCCACUUGGGGCGCUUGGUGGCGGGGCACUGGAUCAUUCGCCAUGACUUAUUGGAAGCGUCCGGACGGGUUUCCCUACCCUCAAGUUUGGCGAAGGUUCCAGGUGCGUGAUCCGUUGACUGGUGAGCUCGAAGCGUAUCGAGUGCAGGAUCUACCUCCGGAACGGUUCGAGGAUGCCAUCGAUCAUAUGUGCAAUCACUUCCUGCGAGACGAACCAAUUUGUGCAAGUUUGAAUCUGGUUGGUGAUACCGUUGGCAUCGAGGAACUGUCCGCUGUGUGGCGAAGGGUUGUGGAGCAACGGUGCGCCGUGGUGUGUUUCAAGGAAGCGAGCGACGAGAUUAUUGGAUUGAAUAUGUUAACGGUGGUUUCCAAAGAAGAUUCCCACAAAGAACCUCUGAAGUUCAAAAGCGCCGCAGUGCAAACUUUCGUGGAUUGCACCCUCUACCUGACGGAGAAGGGUAAUCUUUUCGAACGCCACCAUAUUGACCACUUUCUAUCGGCUUGGGGGCUAUCCGUACAUCCCAACUUCCGCCGGCGAGGGCUUGCAACGGAAAUCCUGAGCGCACGUGAUCCAAUCUGCCGCGCAUUCGGGCUUUCGCUGAGCGCAACUGUUUUCUCCCAUCCGGGAUCACAAAUCCCCGCCGCGAAAGUCGGCUUCCAGGAGGAGGUCGUGGAGAAGUUUGCCGAUUUGGCAAACGUCGGCUUCCGUAUUCCAACAAAAGUUGAAUAUAACAAAUUGAUGACACUGAAAAUAAGUUAAGAGAACAGCGAAACGUGUGCGAUCGUGACGAUUUCAAUGUCCCGUAGAUUGGCACAUACAAUCGUAUAUAAGGCGUCGUUAGCUCAAAUAAGCAUAUCGUGCGAUUCUCUCCACUUGCUAAGUAUCACUUCUAAGCAUUCAAUUUACUAAUGGAAUCAACGUUUAGCGCUUCGGAGAGCUCUCAAGCAUACAUACACACUUAAAUCAAAGACGGCGUGGAGUUGACGACACGUUUUUCUGAUGAUGUACUGUUAUAAAAGUGUGGUCGAUUCGGUAUAAAUUAGGGCUUGCAUAUCGUAAAGUAGUUUGUUUAUACGUAAACAAUUGGAUCUGCCCAUUCGAUAAGAUAAUUCAUCAAAUUUUUAUUACGUUUUUUGAACUUGUUUGUCUAAAUUAGAUAAAGCCAGAAUUUAUAGUAAUACUAUGAUGAGCAGACGAAAUUUGCUUUGUGGAGUGUAGAACCAAUUAGGAAGAAGAUUAUUGUAUUGGAAUUUCGAGCAACAGCUGAUUUCAAUUUCACUUCGUGUUGUAAUAUUUCGCUUGUUACUAUAUUUUUCCACCAGCGUAUUACCGUUAAUACUCUUCUUUCCAUGUCCGCGUUACCAAACUCUACCAUAUUUUUUGCAGUUUAGUGGAUAAAAUCAUUAACCCAUGUUGUAUCAAGCGUUCGAAAGAUCGAACAGCAACUUUUAUAAUUUUUCGUGUCUUUGGAAAGCAACCGUAUGAUAAUGUUUUUGCACCAAAAGAUAGCUGAAUUUAUUAGCUACUAAUUCAAUUUCAUUCAAUUUUGUAUAACUUUAUUGGGCAAUAAAUUUGAUUUCAAACCAG